AUGCUGCGCAAGUCGACAGCAAUAGAUGAUUCCACGACAGAAGAGACACCAAGCCCGGUCCCUCCGAUUCUUUUCCAUAAUAGCACCAACAUUCAAGACGAGAGCAUGCUGGACCCGAGUCACUUGCCGUCGACCAACAUGUUCCCCGAGGCCCAGGAAAAUGUCUUUAACGAGAUAUCUUUAGACUUCUUUGACCCAUUUCUCGGUAACAUGUUUGAUCAAUUCGCUUUCCCCGCGCUAGACGAUCAAACGGAGAGUCCUGAGCCAUUCCAGUUGCAGGCAUCCCAAAAUGACCAAUACAGCACGACACAUGUGUCUGCCCAUAUAACAGGAACUGCGUUUGAGAAACAAAUGACAUGCCUUGGCUUGUCAAAGCACAGCCAGCAGUGCAUCCCGCAAAUCAUGAGCCCCCCAUCCACACAAAGCGAACCCAAAAUCCUAUUUACUAGCGAUAUGCGGGACAAUUGCCUCGCAGAUUUGCAGUCUCGCCUUUCACCAGAGCAAUUCGGGCGCUUCCAACUACCAGACACAGCCUCUCUGCAGAAAUGCAUCGACAGCUAUAUCAAAGCAUUUCACAUCCAUUUCCCCUUCCUGCAUCUAGCUACUCUUGACCUAGGAGCGGCUCCAAGCCCGCUGACUCUGGCUAUUUGCACGAUAGGCGCUCUUCACCGGCUCGAAAGAAGACUUGCGGCAUCUCUAUAUCUCACAGCCGAGCGUGCCCUCACAAACUCCGACACUGACAGUCGGCUGACUUGCCCAUCACUUCUGCAGGAUUGGGCGAGGCCCCGCAACUCACCCCCGGUAGCUAAUCCACCGCUUGCGCUGUCUCAAGCACGUGUAAUACUUGUAUUCUAUGCUGCUUUCAGCGGCAACCCCUCAGUAGCUCGGCAAGCUCUUAUUGGGUGCGGCUUAUCGUGUAGUACCUUGGUACUCGGCAACCUACUUUCGAUGACAUACGGGAUAUCACCAGGAUUUACAGCACUGGAAGAGCGUAAUAUCGAGAUGCCAGUGGAAGACGCGCUAUGGGAUGCCCCAACAGCUUCUUCCUGGGAGGCACUCGCGCAGGGCAGACUGUGCUCAUCACCUCUAGGUCUACAGGAGGCCACCGCCUCAUUCUUUAUGAACACAAGCCAACGACAAAAAGCCGAUAGCCGCUGGAUAUGGUCGCCCUUUGCAGCGUCUGUUGUAAUGCACAGCGUUGCUAUCUCGGUUUGGUACCUUAACCAAGGCCAGCAAGCCUGCUAUGGAGCAACAGGAAAUCCGCAAGAGGGUAACAGGCCUGGAGCUGCCCGAAUCGAGGCUGCUCUGUCAAGAUGCAGGGACUUUCUGACCGCCGCGCAUGCUGAGAAUGAGGGCAAUUGGAGUGAUACUGAUAACCCAUUGCUCUUUAACGCAUUUGCUGUCCUGCGUGUCGCCUAUGGACGAGCCUUCUUCGGCGUCCAAACUCUAGAUCGCUCUAUUCUGUUUCACGAGAGAAGCCAGGAUAUGCUACCUAUUAUAGAGCAAUAUUUCAACCAGGUCCAGGAAAGGGAUCAUUUCAUCACCAUGGCGGUUACUCGAGCUCUUGAGGGAUUUGCCAUCCCCAUCCGGACUGGAAUGUUACUCAUGCAAAAGACAGCCGCUUUCAAAUGGAGUGUUGAGCAUGCUCUAGCUGCUUGGGAUGCUGGUCUUCUGGUUACGAAAUGGGUGCACACGAUUGAACAGCUACAAAAGACAGGCGAAGCAGUCACCUCGGAAGAAGGACAGGUCCUGAACAAUAUCAGGCGACUUCUCAAAGAGAUUGAUAUGGACCGUUCUCAGGACUUUUUACUUUCUGCAGAACUUGCACGGAUAUGGGCAAGCCUUUUUGAUGAUACGUGUUGUGAGUAG